AUGACCAGACUGUCGUACUCCUUGCUGGCUCAGCUGGUGUCACUGGCCCCAGCUGCUCUCGCUGGCUUGACAGUGGACGUGAAUGAUGCAGACUCGGUCAAGGAGGCGGCUGCUCUGGUGGCAGAGGACCUGAUGAGCUUCUACACCGGCGACCAGCCCGGCGAGAUUCCCGGUGUUCUUCCUCAGCCUGAUUAUGCCUUCUGGACAGGCGGCGCAUUGUGGGCGACGCUGUUAGAUUACCGGAUCCACACCGGCAACACAACAUUCGACAAGACGAUAUUGCAGGGUCUGCUGUUUCAGACCGCCGAGGACGACGACUACAUGCCCGCCAACUGGACGCGGAGUAUGGGCAACGACGACCAGAGCUUCUGGGCCCUGGCUGCUAUACUCGCUGAUGAAACCGGUUUUGCUGAUCCAGCCACGGGCGAACCGCAAUGGCAGACGUUGGCGAAGAAUAUUUUCGAUGAGCAGUCGAUCGAGGAACGACGAGCAUCGAAGUGUGCAAACUCCUUGAGGUGGCAGAUCUUCACGUUCAAUGAUGGGUAUAAUUACAUUAGCACCGCCGCAAACGCAGCUUACUUCAGCCUCGGGGCUCAGCUGGCUCGCACAAUGGAUAAUCAGACAGCGGCUGACCUGGCUUCGCAAAUCUACAACGACAUCUGGGACCUGGGGCUGAUCGACGAGGAUUUCAGCGUCUAUGACGGUACAAAUGUGGAGGAUGACUGCGACGAGAUCAACAAACUCCAGUUCUCAUACACCGCUGCCUUGCUGCUCGAGGGCUCCGCUCAGAUGUACAACUACACCGGCCAGAAUACCUGGAGGACUCGCGUUGACGGGCUGGUGAAGAGAACAAUUGAAGUCUUCUUCCCAGAUGGUGCCGCGUCUGACGUAGCAUGCGAGCCAGAUAACUGCAACACCGACAUGACGUUUUACAAGGCGAUCCUGCACCGGUCACUGGGGUCGACCAUGAAGCUCGCGCCGUAUACAGUCGAGGCCAUCCUUUCAACGCUCAAGACGAGUACCGCCGCCGCUGUCGCACAGUGCACUGGGGGUGAUAAUGGCCGUAUGUGCGGGUCAGUUUGGACCGGCAAGUUUGACGGCACCACUGGUGCCGGAUCCCAGAUGAGCGUCCUCGGUGCUCUGAUUAGUAUCAUGACUACAGAGGCCACGAUCGCACCGACCAACACUACCGACAGUGGUAGUGGUGGUAACGGCACGACUACGGGUGACUCGUCCGGACCCUCAAGCUCAACGUCGGACUCUGCAACUACGACCGGUAGGGGCUCGCGAGCUGCGAUCAGUGUCGGGGCGAUCAUGGGCGCUUUGCUGCUCGGAACCCUCGUCCUAGGCUGA